AAACAAGUCAAGGGCAAGAUCCUCGCCAAGAGAAUAAAUGUGCGUAUUGAGCACAUUAAACAUUCAAAAAGCAGGGACAGCUUUCUGCAGCGAGUAAAAGCUAAUGAAGAGGCCAAGAGAGCAGCAAAAGAGAAGGGGACCUGGGUUGAGCUGAAACGUCAGCCUGCUCAACCCAGAAAAGCACACUUCGUACGAACCAAGGCGAACAAGCCACAGCUGCUGGAACCAAUUCCAUAUGAGUUCAUGGCAUAAUUUUGUAAAACAAAUCCAAUAAAUAUUGUGUGUCUGA